CCUUUAUUACCGCCGUGACUCCACAGCAGAAACACCGGAGAGGAUCGAGUUUGUUUGUCGGAGGACAGAAAUAUGAGGCUCCUAGUUUCGCUGCUUUUGUUCCUGAGCACCGCGACAGGUGUAAGCUGUUUUUCUGCAAGUACUACAACUGAAUUAGUGAAAGUCAAGGAAAAUGAGGGUGCGGACCUGACGUGUUCGUAUUCAGCAGACUUUGGUUCAAACCCCAGGGUAGAGUGGAAAUUCAGAGACAAACAAGGGUCAACAAAGUAUGUUGUUUUUGAUGGCAAACCAACAAGCACAUACGAGGGUCGUGUGACCAUGUACGGUGGCAGUAACUUGAGAUUCGCCAAAGUGACUCGUCACGAUAGUGGUGAAUAUAUCUGCGAGGUGUCCAGCCAACAGAGCCAGUUUGCACAGAUCACCGUUACUCUGAUCGCUCUGGUGCCACCAUCUGUACCAAAGUGUGGAAUCCCCUCAUCGGUGACCACAGACAACACCGCCACCCUUUCCUGCUUCGACCCUGACAGUUCCCCUGAGCCAGAGUACCGUUGGUACAAAGACAACACCCUUCUACCUGCUGACCCCAGCAAAAAUGUUAACUUCAAAAACGCCACCUAUAAGCUGGACCCUAAAACUGGAAAGCUGGUGUUUCCUUCGGCAAAGAAGAUGGACACUGGGAAUUAUUACUGUGAGGUCCUGAACGAGGUUGGUCCCGCACAGCGCUGCAAAGGUGGAAGAAUGGAAGUCCGUGACAUGAACACUGGAGGGAUUGUUGCCGGGGUAAUCAUUGGCCUGCUGCUCUUGGGUGUUCUAAUUGGGGGUGUUUGGUACGCCAACAAGAAAGGAUAUCUGCCCAAGACAAGCCAAAGAAAAGAGCAGCACAGUGCGGUCUACCAACCUCAAUCGACGUACGCUGAUGGUUUGGAAGAUGACGGGGAUUUCAAACAGAAGUCGUCAUUUGUGGUGUAGUGGGCAAACUUAAAUUCACUUAAAUUUUCUUCCUGAAGAACUUUUUUUUUUUUCCUGAAGAUUUUCUAUGCAGGUUUUAUGACCCAGUGUGAUGCACCUCAUUUAUUGAUUUCACUGUCGCAUAUCUGCGAUGUAAGGAGAUAUUUUGUAUAUUGAUAGUCUAAGUUAAAUGUGGCCUUUAGCUUUUUUUUAUUUGCCAACUUGUUUCUGCUCAUGAUUAAAACAAAUGUGUGUGUUUUUUAUUUUCUCUUGCCUUAAUAACAUCUUCCCUCCAUUCAUUGAUAUUUGUAUGUAAGAACAUUGCUAGUCCUCAGUAAAGAACAAAACCCUUUGGUCUACAUGAACUCACAAAGCUAAACCAACACAUGAUCUAUGCUUUUUAUGUUAUAUUUACUGAGAAUUGCCUUAUUGGUGACUAGUGCAGCUCUCUUAGCUUAAUGGCUUUACUAAGCCACUGUUUAAGCAGAACAUAGUAGUGAUGCUUUUAAGGUUUCUUCAUGCUUGUAGACUUUUCUGGCACAGUAUGUUGUGUUUAGGUUAGUUGGUGCUGUGUUGAAGGUCUGAUUUUUAACAACAGUUUAUGCAUUUUAUUUGAAAAGGGUCAGAUUUUAAGUUAAGCUAAGUCAGCCGUACAGGUUUCACCUAAUUCCGCACUCAGUUUUUGGCUCUGGUAACCUAAAACUUUGUGAAUUUUUAAUGCUCUGUUUUCAGCGCACAUCAUGGCCCAGAGUAAACAGUCAACCUGUACUGUAUUUUUUUUUGUGAUGUCACAGCUGUUGAUUAGGUCUGUAUUAAAUAAAAAGUUGUUAAACUGUU